CAAAAUUUUACUCUCAACGGUCUAAAUCUCAAAGCUCGUAAUUUCGUUUCUCCUUCCCAAAACUCUCACCUUUUUCUCCCCAUGAACCCUUCGUCCCCAGAUCUCCGCUUAUGGAAAAUCUCCAUUCGAGCCAAAUCCAGGCUCUUCGAUCUCAGACUCAACGCCUCAAAUGUGUUCCCUAAUCUUGGAAAUGGCGGUGAAAGGAUCUCCUUCCUUCUCCGCCUCCGCCGCCUCCUCUUGGUCAAAGUGAAAUCAGAGAAUCGAGAUUUAUCAAGAAGAGAAGUGAAUCAGAGAUCGAGUUUCUUCAGGUUCGUAGGCAAGAUUUUGAGGAGAAAACAGCGCCGAAUGGAUCCUCAUAACAGAUCACGAGCACGAGAUCGUGCCACUGAAACUCGGCAUAGACAUGGUGGCUAUUUUCUUGGUCAGGGCCCUAUGGCAGCCAUUGCUGGAAGUUUUUCUCUUCUCACUCACUCGGCGUCUGAGAAGAAUCAUGAAAGGAUUAGCAUUCAUGCUUUCUCCCUUUUCUUUUACUUAGUUCUUUUGUUUAAAUUGAGGAAAACAAAAUUUUCUUUAAUGUUAGUUGCAACAACAAUUUCUUUCAUUGGAUUUUCUCUAAGUUAUUUGAGUUACACCUGUACAGAUAUUGUGACAAAAGCUGCGUGGAGGGCUUGGAACAUUAUCAUUUCUAUCGGGUGUUUAUCUUUGUUUUCCCAAGUGCUACUCUCAAGGACUUCACUUCUUGUUCGGAGGAAUCUGAUUCUGUGGCUUAUUAUUUCAGCUUUCAUGCUGUUCUUUCUAUACAAGCUGAGAAGAGAAAUGUUAUUCAGAUGCAUGAACUGUGCAUUGGAAGCUGCUCCUAUUUUAAUCUCUAUUCUGCUAUUUCCUUGCCAAGCAUUAUUCCAAACUUUUGGUGAUCAUAAGGACCCUGGAGUAUUGGGACUCUACUUUUCUUCAACAUACUUUUGGGGGAGGAAGUUGAUCAAACUUAUUGUUACAACACUAUUGCAAAGGCACUAAAUGCAUUCAGCUCAGCUACAUUUAUAUUUUUGAAUGUGAAAUCAUGCAGCAGAAUUAGUUGUGAUCAAUUUUACUUGGACGAUGUUAACUUAGAGAUCAUAAUGAUGAUUUUUCUUUUCAUUUGUGAAGUAUAAAAUGCGAGGACCCUUUAUUAUAAGUUUCUUUUAUUC